AAUAUUUAUCCUGCUAAAACUUCAGUUGCACACAGUUGUAUUUGCUGUGGUUCUGCUUAUUAGAUAUUGUAUUUCAAGAGUGUUGUUUCCAUCACACCAGCGCUGCAAGCUGUUGUUGGAUCCCAACGCAAAACUGGGUUCGUAAUUUGAGACUUAUGACUUAUGUGGAUUUGGGAACAAGAUCUGACACUGGAAAACCAAACCAAUCACCAGAAGUUGCCAUUCUCCCUUUUCUACGAGUUCCUCAGAACUGCCCACGGACAUACAAGCUGAUGUCCUUUGAUCCUGAUGGUGACAAAGUUCGAUGCAGAUAUGGAAAUAUCAUAGGUACUGAGUGCAGCUCGUGCAACCAACCUUCAGGCUUCGACUUGGAUCAGGGCUCUUGCACAUUACACUACCGAUACUCUUAUGCCGACGCCAGAGCGUAUGGAUUUGAGUUGGUGGUGGAGGACUUCCCACAAGGGCGCAUCUCUCUGGCCUACACUGAUGGAUCCAGAUCCUCCAGGGAUCCACUGAGAAAGAGACAAGCUACAACCGCAGCACCAACCACAAUCCCUACAACAGCAGAACUGACCUAUGACCCAUGGUGGUGGUUUUUUUCCACAACAACCCCAACCACAACCACUGAAGUAACCACAGGACAAAUUACAACAACAGAACCGACCUAUGACCCAUGGUGGUGGUUUUUUUCCACAACAACCCCAACCACAACCACUGAAGCAACCACAGGACAAAUUACAACAACAGAACCGACCUAUGACCCAUGGUGGUGGUUUUUUUCCACAACAACCCCAACCCCAACCACUGAAGCAACCACAGGACAAAUUACAACAACAGAACCGACCUAUGACCCAUGGUGGUGGUUUUUUUCCACAACAACCCCAACCCCAACCACUGAAGUAACCACAGGACAAAUUACAACAGCAGAACCGACCGAUUACCCAUGGUGGUGGUUUUUUCCCACAACAACCCCAACCCCAACCACUGAAGUAACCACAGGACAAAUUACAACAGCAGAACCGACCGAUUACCCAUGGUGGUGGUUUUUUCCCACAACAACCCCAACCCCAACCACUGAAGUAACCACAGGACAAAUUACAACAGCAGAACCGACCGAUUACCCAUGGUGGUGGUUUUUUCCCACAACAACCCCAGUAACAACUACAAUCGCAGAACCGACAUAUGACCCAUGGUGGUGGUUUGGUUCAACAACAACCCCAACCACUGCAACCACAGGACAAAUUACAACAGCAGAACCGACAUAUGACCCAUGGGAGUGGUUUUUUUCCACAACAACCCCAACCACUGAAGCAACUACCACUCUGCGAUACACUAGCAGCAGGACACACCUGCACUCCACCACUCCUCCUCUCAGUAAACUACCAUUGCAAUUCUCUGUACUUGUGGACCCACCUGCUCCUUCAUGUCAGGAGGGACUCUUCUUGCCAAAGUUUGUGAACCCAACACCUGAAAAUGGAGCACACAUCCAAGCAGAGGUCAACAAAGAGGUGGAGAUCAGAGUCAAAGCACAAGCUGCAUAUGCAACAAUACGUGAUAUCAUCAUCAGUGGGCCACUGAAUAUCCAAAAGCACAGGACCACACAUGAUGAGUUUGUCAUUAGGUGGACGCCAACUCCAGAUGACCUGGGAGCUCAUUACCCCAUCUGCUUUGCUGUUGAGUCAGUGACAGGGGCUGACAUCUAUCAGUCUGAGAUGAGGUGUGUUCUGGUGGACAUUGUGGCGACGCAAGUUGUAGCCAAUGUGAUCUGCAGUCAGUCCACAAUGACAGUAGAGGUUGAGAAAUCUUCAUUCUCUGGACUCAAUGAGGAUCAUUUGCGGCUCAGUGACCCCACCAACACCGUCUGCAGCCUCCGCACACACUCCAACAGCACUCACAUCAUCGCUGUCAUCCCCCUCAAUGCUUGCGGCACUCAGAUCGAGGAAGAUGAUGACAACCUCAUUUUUAAGAAUGAAAUCACCGCGGUCGACAACACAGAAGACCUGAUCACCAGGAAACACCUGCUGGAAGUUCAGUUCUACUGCCAGUACCCCAAACGGGGGAACGUGACACUUGGCUACACAGCACACAGGAAAAGUAUCACAGUGUGGGAGAAAGGCUUUGGUACUUUCACUUACCAGUUUGAGUUCUUUCCUGAUAACCAAUUCCAAACCAUGAUUGAUCCAAAUUCAUACCCUCUGGAGUACGACGUAGGGAGCAGGAUCUACAUGCAGAUAGAUGCCACUUCAGCCAACAACACGA